AUGGGGUCUCAGAUGAUCAGAUUCGCCUCAGAAUAUUUCCCAUUCUCUUUGAAGGACGAUGCUAGAGAUUGGUAUGAUAACAUGGAUCCCAACUCGGUCGCAAUUUGGGAUGCGAUGGUUGAGCUUUUCUUGGAGAAAUACUACCCACCCAGCGAGGCACUAAAGCGACAAGCAGAAGUCAUCUCCUACGCGAUGCAGCCUCAGGAGAAUAUUCAAGAGGCAUGGAAGAGAUUUAAAUAUCUGAUGAAGAGAUGCCCCAACCACGGUUUAAGCCCGGGACAACAAGUCAUAACUUUCUACAGAGGAGCCACUCCAGAGGCAGUGCGCGAAUUGAAUAUGAGCGCAGGGGGGUCACUCCUUAGGUUGGGAGAAGAAGAGUCUCUAGAAGUGAUUGAAAGGGUGGCCGCCAACGAUGAGGGAUGGAAGAAUGAGAGAAGCAAGACCUACAGGGUAGCUUCCACAUCGGACAUUGACAGGAUGGACAUGAUGUCCAAGCAGUUGGACUUCUUGACAAGCAAGCUAGGCUUUAUGGGAACAGAGCCAACUGGGCUCGAAAGUGAAGAUGUGAAUUAUGUGCAUCAAGGCGGCAACAACAGGAAUUUCAACAACUACCGCCCGAAUCAAGGGGGUGGUAACUUCAACAACUUUGGGAACAUGGCACAUCCCAACUUGUCCUAUGGGAAUCCUAACAACGCCCUGCAGCCACCACCGGGAUUCCAAGUGUCGAAUGGUCAAGUCAUUGAGACGAAGAAGAAUGAGCUUGGAGAUGUCUUGAUGGCGUUUAUGAAGCAAACAGGGGAGUGUAUGGCCAACUCCGAUAAGAGGCUGAAACAGGUAGAGACAGAGGUGCAAGACUUAAGCACCCACAUGAAGAGUCUUGACAAUCAAAUGAGUCAGAUAGCUCAAUCUGUGAGCAAAUUACAUACUCCCGGCCAAUUUCCAGGGCAACCAAUUGUGAACCCCAAAGAUUGUAAGGCGAUUCAUCUUAGGAGUGGCAGAAACUAUGAGGGUCCUUCUAUGCCAGAGACCGCGGUUGAAAAGGAAGUGGAAGCUAAGGAAGUGCCGGAAGAAGAGAAAGAAGAAGAGGAGAUAGAGGCGGAGUCACCUAAUAUGCCAUCCGAGGUUCAACCCGAGGCAAUUGUUCUACCCAAGCCAAAGGAAGUUAAAAUUCCUUUCCCUCAAGUGGUGCAAAAGAAGAAGUUAGAUGAAAAGUUUGUGAAAUUUCUUGAGAUCUUCAAGAGGGUGCACCUCAACAUACCUCUCAUUGAGGCUCUCCAACAAAUGCCCGGCUACCUCAAGUUCUUGAAAGAGAUUAUGUCCAAGAAGAAGAAGUUGGUUGAUUAUGAAACCGUGAGCUUGACCGAGAAUUGUAGUGCAAUCAUCCAACAAAAGAUGCCGGCAAAGAUGAAGGAUCCGGGGAGCUUCAACAUCUCUUGUGUGAUCGGGAAUGAUAGGCAAACUAAGGCCUUGUGUGAUUUGGGGGCAAGCAUAAAUCUCAUGCCCCUAAGCUUCUUUCGGAAGUUGAAAUUUGGUGUCUUGAAGCCGACUACCAUCACCCUUCAAAUGGCGGAUAAAUCCGUCAAGUUCCCCAAUGGAGUCCUCGAGAAUGUCUUAGUGAGGGUGAAUGAUUUUAUUUUCCCCGUGGACUUUGUUGUUUUGGACAUGAAGGAGGACCCAAAUGUUCCUCUCAUCCUUGGAAGACCAUUCCUUGCAACCGGGAAAGCUUUAAUUGAUGUCACUAAGGGAGAACUCACCCUUAGGCAUGGAAAUAAGACGGCCAUCCUCUCUAUGUUGGACAAGAUGAAACGCCACGAGAUAGAGGAAUCAAAGAUGGUGGAGGUAGAAGAAUGCAAGGUGAUGAAUGUUGCAUAUGAGAAAGCUAAGGAGGAUGAAGAUGCGAAGCCCAAUUGGUGGAAGAAGCGGUUAUACAAGCUCUAUUUGGCCGCUAAAGCAAAGACGGGCCCCGAUGAUAUUAUUCGUGUGAGGUUGGAAAACAAGUAG